AUGUAUGAUAAUUCAGAAGAAGCACAAAAGCAAAUCCACAUAGCAAGCCCACCAGUCAGUCAGCCUGUAGACAGUCAGAUAGCAAGCCCACCAGUCAGUCAGCCUGUAGACAGUCAGAUAGCAAGCCAACCAAGUCAGUCAGCAUGUAGACAGUCAGAUAGCAAGCCCACCAGUCAGUCAGCCUGUAGACAGUCAGACAGCAAGCCAACCAACCCACCAAGUCAGUCAGCCUGUAGACAGUCAGAUAGCAAGCCCACCAAGUCAGUCAGCUGUAGUCAGCCAGAUAGCACGCCACCAGUCAGUCAUCCUGUAGCCAGCCAGAUAGCAAGCCCACCAGUCAGUCAGCCUGUAGCCAGCCAGAUAGCACGCCCACCAGUCAGUCAGCCUGUAGACAGCAAGAUAGCAAGUCCAUCAAGUCAGUCAGCCUGUAGUCAGCCUGUAGACAGUCAGACAGCAAGCCCACCAGUCAGUCAGCCUGUAGCCAGCCAUAUAGCUAGUCAGCCUGUAGACAGUCAGACAGCAAGCCCACCAGUCAGUCAGCCUGUAGCCAGGCCAUAUAGCAAGCCCACCAAGUCAGUCAGCCUGUAG